AUGCUUUAAGAAAAUCCUAUUCAUAACUUUAACUAAUCUUUUGGACCUAAAUAAUAAACUGCAAAUCCAAAAAUAUGUUAUAAAGAAACUCCUGAAUCUCAUAUUUCCUUAUAUUCAGAAGGAUUAUUAUCUCCUUUCCCAGAAAACUCUCCUUCCAAUUGGUAAAGAAAGAAAAUUACAUAUUAAAAUUCUUUCAAUACUUUAGAUAAACAAAAUAUUUUAUAAUUUCAAUAAACUUUGAGACCAAAAGCAUAAACCUCAUAAAUGGCUAAAUUUUUAAAAAUAAAUAAAAUAAUGGCAAUUGUACAAAGAUUUAAGUCCAAUCUCUUUAUAAAUGCCUAUAUAUUACCUAAGAGACUAUAGGAAUAGUUUUCAAAGCAAGAAAAGUAUACAAAUACUUUUGUUUAGAAUGAUUCAAAAAGUAAAAUCGUUAUACAUUUUUAUAGAAAGAAAUCAAUAAAGUAAAUAAAUCCCUCUUAUUUCACCAUCAAGUCCUAUUUCAUAAAUCUUCGAUAUGUUAAGUAUAAUUGUUCAAUUGAUGGCUUUAUGGAUAAUUUCAAUUAUGGCUGUAUUUACUAAUCUAGAUGAAAAUUAAGCUUAAAUUAUUCUAUUUACAGUUGCCUUUCUUGUUUUUGAACUCAUUUUCACUCUAAAUAGAGCAAUUAUUAUUAAAGGUCUAAUAAUAGAAGAUCGUUCAAUAAUAUUUAAAAAUUUCGUUAAACAAUCUUGUUUUCUCUAUUCUUUAGAAAUCAUAAUAUGCAUUUAUAUAUCUUUGAAUUAGAAUUUCUUAUAAUAAGGAGGAGCAUUUUUACUUCUAAUUUUACUUGCUGUUAUUAUAGGAAGAAUACUCUAAUAAUAUGAUAAUUUAAUUGAUACAUUAUAUUAAUUAUCAAUUCCUAGUGAUUUACUUGAUUUAAUCACUUUGAUUAUUUCAAUAUAUUAUUUCGCUCAUUUUAUAGCAUGUUGCUGGUUAUAUUGUGGAUUGCUUUAAGAAGAUACUGGAUCUUGGAUAACUUAUUAUGAAUUAUCUAAUCAAGAUAUUUGGAUUAAAUAUAGUACUUCAUUCUAUUGGGCAACUAUGACUAUGGUAACUGUUGGUUAUGGAGAUAUUACACCAAAGAAUUAAACUGAAAUGAUUUUUUGUGAUAUAGCUAUGUUUCUAUCAAGUUGUGUUUUUGCAUAUUCUAUGAAUUCAAUUGGAAUAAUACUCAAAAAUAUUAAUGAUAAGAAAGUAAAUUAUAAGUAUAUGAAUUGUUUUAUACAUAGAAAGAGUACUAUCAUUCUCAAUUAAUAUAUGAAGAAGAAUGAUAUAUCUAAUCAUAUAUAAGAUAAACUUAGAAAUUACUUAAAAUAUUAAAUCAAGAAUGAAUACAAUGAAAUUUAAAAGGAUGCUAUUAAAAUAUUAAAAUAGUUUCCAAAAGGAAUAGAAUAAGAAAUCUCUUAAAAUAUUAAUAGUAGAAUAUUAUAAAAAAUUAAAAUAUUCGAAUAAUUUACUAAAUGGACUAAAUCAGAAUUAAUUGACAAAAUUGAAUUAAUUAGUUAUACACCAGGUGAAUAUAUAUAUCAUUAAGAUACUAAUCAAAAUAUUGAAUUGUAUAAAUUUUAUUUAUUUUUACAUUAGAUGUUAUGUUUAUUAAGGUUCUGUAGAUAUAAUAGAACAAUAAAGUUAACAAAAUAUUCAACAAUUGAAAUAAGGAGAAAUAUUUGGUGAAUUUUAAUUUUUUACUGGUUUCAAUCCUUCAACUUCAGCUAUUAGUAAUGGUUUUUCUAUCAUUGCAAAAAUUAAUAGACAAAAAUUCCUUAAGAUAUUAUAGGAUGCAAAAAAAGAUUAAGAAAAAUUUCAUUAAAUUAAAGAUAGAAUACUUUUAUAUAAAGAUUAUAGUGAUCUUAUGAUUAGUUGUAAAUUUUGUAAAAAAAUAUCUCAUAUCUUUUAUCAAUGUCCUAUGUUAUCAUAUCAACCAGAUAUGGAAUCUAGAAUAAAAAAAGAAGAAUUGUAUCCUUAAGAAUAAUAUAGAAUUCCAUUUAAAAGAAGUAUAUUAACAAAAAAAAAAUCAUUACUUUUGUAAAAAGAAAUUUUUGAUAAAAUUAAGAAAUAUCAGGAAAUUAAUGGAAUAGAUUAAAUUGAAGAUAAUGUAUAAAGUGAAACUCAAACUAACUCUAUUGAGGAAGAAUAAUUCUAUCAUGUUAAUGAAAUUUAAUAAAGUAUGAAAAACAUAUUGUAGGUGCCUAAAAAUUCUUAGAUGAUAGAAAAAACUUCAAGAUUAUCUAUUAAUCAAAAUCAUUUUGGGUUUUGUAGACCAUCAAUUGUUUAAACUUUCAAAGAAAAAUCAAAUACUAAAGGAAAUUAAAAUCAGUUAACUAUUUCAAAUCAUAAUGUCUCUUCCAAAUAUAUUGUUGAAUCAAAAAGUUCAACUAAAUGGAACAUGUUAGACAAUUUUAUUGAUUAAUUACAAUUUCACUAUUUAGACAUUGAUUGCAUAUAAGAAUAUGAAAUAUAUAUGAAACAUAACAACUUUAAGUAAGUGAUUAAAGAACUUAAUUAAAGACCUAAAUAUAAUCGACAAUUAUAAAGAUUAUCAAAAUAUUCCUAUAAUUAUUAUGUGAAAAUUAUGGCUGUAAAAAUUAGAGAAUAUUUAGAUGAUGAUGAGAUAAAUGAAAAUGUAUUUAGUAAAUCUUUAAGAAAAAAUUGA